CUUUUCCAUUAAUUCUGUAAAACAUCUAUCUGCUCAAAAGUUGAGAAACACCAUUUCACGAGUUCCCUGCUCUUCCAGAAUUCUCUCUUUCACGAAAUUCUCUGCGCUUUCGAAGAUGUUUGAUGAUCAAGAUCUGGGCUUCUUUGCCAAUUUCCUGGGAAUCUUCAUUUUCAUACUGGUGAUUGCCUACCAUUUCGUCAUGGCUGACCCUAAAUUCGAAUAGAUAUGGGACAAUCAUUGUUGGUUUCUACAAUGAUCUGUCGGACUCAACAUGACAUUCGCAUUCCAUACUUGAAGAUGUUUUUUUGUAGCUCUUAAGGAACAUGUUUAAGCUCUUGUAAUGCUUGGUUUUAGCUGCAGAAAUCUUUUUUGUAAUGCUGUUAUUCAUAUACUUUGGUGAUUCAAUAUAAAAGGCUUGUUUCUAGAGCAA